AUGGGCGACCGAAGGGCGAGCCAUUGGCGACCCAAGGGCGAGCCAUUGGCGACCCAAGGGCGAGCCAUUGGCGACCCAAGGGCGAGCCAUUGGCGACCCAAGGGCGAGCCAUUGGCGACCCAAGGGCGAGCCAUUGGCAACCCAAAGGCAAGCCAUUGGCGACCCAAGGGCAAGCCAUUGGCGACCGAAGGUCGAGCACUUUCAACAAAAAGUUUUAUGGGCCAAGUUUUUUCCAAAUUGAGGCUGCAGACUGCCAAAAAGACUGACGAGAGGGUUCGCUUGAUGUCUGAAAUUUUAGACGCCAUGAGGGUUAUCAAGAUGUACACUUGGGAAUCUCAUUUUUCAGAGGCUGUUCAAAAAGCUCGAAGGGAAGAGAUCAAGAUUGUGAAGAAAAUAUCAACUCUGAGAGGAAUCAACAUGGGCUUGUACUAUUCUUCAUCCAAGUUGAUUCUGAUGUGCACAUUUUUGGUCUUUGUGGUGACCGGGAACCAACUAAAAGCUGAUGUAGUUUUUCUAUCCGUUGCCCUGUUCAAUAACAUACGGCUCGUGAUGACGUUCUUCUUUCCAUUCGGUGUGACCCAAGCUGCGGAAACUCUUAUUUCCGUGCAGCGAUUACAAGAGUUUUUGUUGCUCGAAGAGCACGUCCAAGUUAAAGCUCUUCCGGAAAAGGUUUCUCAAAAUCAGGGUAAACUAGAACUGAAUCAUGCGAGCGCCGGGUGGCUUCCAGAGUCAACACAUCCAGCUAUUGACAAUUUGAGUGUGACCAUUCAACCAGGUCAGCUUGUCGUCGUUUUGGGACCAGUUGGAAGUGGGAAGAGUUCUUUGCUCCAAGCGAUGCUCGGUGAACUUCCGUUGGAAAAAGGAACCCUGGAAGUCGGGGGACAAAUUAGUUAUGCAGGACAGGAACCUUGGGUUUUCGGGGGGACUCUGAGGAAUAAUAUCUUGCUCGGUCUUCCUUUCAAUGACUCCAAGUACAAGCAAGUACUCAAAGCAUGUGCCUUAAGCACCGAUGUGGAGAAUUUUCCGUUCGGUGAUUACACGCUGGUUGGUGAUCGGGGUGUCACUUUGUCUGGUGGACAGAAGGCGAGGCUUUCGCUGGCGAGAACCAUGUAUCAGGAUGCAGAUAUUUACGUUUUGGAUGAUCCAUUGUCUGCUGUUGAUGCCAGAGUGGGACGGCAUGUUUUCAAGGAGUGCAUCAAAGGAUAUUUGAAGCAGAAAACGAGAAUUUUAGUUACCCACCAGAUACAAUUCAUCAAUGAAGCAGAUUAUAUCAUUGUGAUGAAUCAGGUAAAAACGUUUCCACACGCGAGGAAAUUCAGGAAAUGUCGUUUCUUGGAUCAAUUAGUAUUUCAGCUCCCAAGUGAUAUUUGCAAAAUUGGAUUUUUCGCUUAUAUAGAGCUUGACAAAAAAAGGGGGAGACAGUAUACUCACGAAGAACUUCAGCAAUCACAACUGGAUGUUUCGGCUUUUGCAAGGAAAGAUCCUUCGGAAGAAGAACGCGUGAAUGACAUCAUAGAUCCUUCUCUUUCGAUGCGUGGUGCGAAAAGCAUUGAGUCGCUUCCGUCAGCUUCUGGAUCUUUGCAGUUUACUCAAGAAGCAACAAAUGCUGAGAGUUUCAGGACUCCAACAGCCCCAGAGGAGAUGCGAAGCCAAGGCGCCAUAUCCUGGGAUGUUUAUACGCAGUUUUUCAAAGCUGGGGGAAACUUCGUCACUUUAGGCACAUUCAUUGUGUCAACAGUUUUAGGACAGGUUCUGUUCUCAGGGUCUGAUUGGUGGCUGGCCAAAUGGACUGAUGAAACUCAGGAAAAAAGCCUUCAACGGAACCUAACGUCGAUAACCGCCGGAGGCAAUUCGACCGAGUUCAGUCCCGAAUGGUUCCAUACCCUCACUGACGUCGAAUUCCUCUAUGGGUACUGCUGCAUCGUGGGAAUUCUAUUGCUCAUGUCCCAACUGAGAUCCAUAGGAUUCUUUUGGAUCUGCACCAGAGCUUCUGUCGAGCUCCACAAAAGAAUGUUCAACUCUGUUCUUCGUGCCCCCAUCAGGUUCUUUGACGAGAACCCUUCUGGUAGGCUGUUAAACCGGUUUUCAAGGGACACGGGAAACAUGGAUGAGGCCCUUCCUUUUAUUGCGAUGGACGUCAACAUGAUAUUCUUCAUGGUGGUGGGAAAUGUUGUUCUGGUGUCGACUGUGAAGAUUUGGAUCAUUGGACCCACGUGCAUUAUGCUAGUUGGAUUCAUUUUACUAAGAUCUUACUAUAUGAGGACGUCUAGGGAAGUUAAACGGCUUGAGGGCAUUACAUCCAUUUAUUCGAAUGGUUACUUUUUCACAGCGAGAAGCCCAGUAUUUUCAUUGCUGAGCGUGAGUUUGCAAGGCCUGCCUACCAUCAGAGCUGCUGGAUCGCAAGUGAAUUUCACUACGCAAUUCGAUGACCUUCAGGAUUCACAUUCCGCGGCGUGGUUUUUAUUCAUAUCCUGCACUCGCUGGUUCGGUCUGGUCUUGGACUGGAUCAUCGUGGCCUAUGUUGGCAUCAUUGUGUACAGCUUCGCAGCAGUCGACACAGACAUGAUCAUUAGUCCUCAAGUGUCAAGGCGCGGGUCCCGUGUAAACGAACAAACUUUGCAAUGCCUUCAGCAGUUCAAUGAAAUUUUAGUUUACGAUGAAGAAUCUGAACUAGAAUCUCAGCCCAGAAAACCUAAUCCGGAACUAGAUUCUCAGGAUACAGUAUCAUCUUAUGAAACGUUGGGAGGUGAUGUUGGACUAGCCAUUUCUUCAGCCAUGAUGCUGACAGGAAUGUUCCAAUGGGGUGUUCGCCAAAGCGCAGAACUAGAAAAUCAAAUGACUUCAGUGGAGAGAGUGUUGGAAUACACCAAGCUGGAACCUGAAGCACGACUGGAAUCCGAAGAGGGUAUGAACACUCAAAUUAGCACCAGGUUCUUGGGCUUUUUCUCCAGAUUUACCCAUUUUCUUCAAGGACUGAAGCCCUCUGACGUUUGGCCGCAUGAGGGAAAAAUCGAUUUCCUCAACGUUUCCAUGAAAUAUUCCCCUGAUCAGCCAGCCAUCCUCAAGAACCUGAAUUUCUCCAUCAAACCAGGAGAGAAGGUUGGUGUGUGUGGAAGAACAGGUGCAGGGAAGAGCUCAUUGAUUUCAGCCCUUUAUCGUCUCACUGAACCCCAAGGCUGCAUCAUGAUAGACGGGGUAGAAACAAAAAGUCUAGGGCUGCAUGACCUGCGAAAGCAGAUCUCCAUCAUACCUCAAGACCCUGUGCUUUUCCAGGGGACCAUGAGGAGAAACUUGGAUCCAUUCCAACAAUAUAAUGACGUCGACCUCUGGGAUUCCCUGGCACAGGUGCAACUGAAGGAAAAGGUAUCAUCCCUCUCAGGGGGUCUGGAUACAGAGGUUUCAGAAGGAGGGAAGAAUUUCAGCGUGGGUGAGAGGCAACUGGUGUGUCUGGCGAGGGCUAUUUUAAAGAAAACGAAGAUCCUUGUGAUGGAUGAGGCGACUGCCAACGUUGACCAAAGAACUGACUCUGCCAUCCAGACAACCAUCAGAAAGACCUUCCUGGAUUGCACAGUGAUCACGAUUGCUCACAGGCUGGAAACCAUCAUUGACUCUGAUAGGGUCUUGGUUCUGGACUCGGGUAAUGUUGUGGAGUUCGACACACCUCAUCAGCUGCUCCAAAAGGACGCUAGUGCAUUUCUAGGGCUUGCGAAACAGUCCGGGCAUUUCGAAAAACUACGAUUUUUGAGCAAAACUGUCCAGAAGAGUGGAGGCAAAGAAGCACAAGCAGAAACGCAGGAUUCCGGGCAUGUUGAUAUCAAAAAUGAGUGAAGCUUCAGUGAUUGAUUUGAAUGAAUCAAGUGCCGACGUCAAUAAAAAUAAUUUUUCU